CUGCGAACCGAUGGCACGUGAAAGUCACGUGCCUCGUCACACUAUCGCCGUUUCACUACAGACUGCUAAAAAACUCUUCUCUGGCGGCAAUGCUGAGGUGCUCUUGUUUGACUCCCCGAAUAAGCUCAAUUUGUUGUUUGGUAUGAAGGAUUGCUUGUUACAGCAAGAUGAGCUCGACUCCGGGACCGAUGUGUCGAAAAUUCGUACCUGUUGAGCAGUCUGAAGUUACUUCAAUCAGUAAAGAUGCUGGCUUCAAAUUCCGUCUCGUAUCGUAUAAUAUUUUGGCUCAGGCAUAUGUGAAAAGCUCGUACUUUCCGCACUCACCACCACCUUCUCUCAAGUGGAAGGCUCGAUCACAAGCAAUUUUGACGGUUCUUAAGAGCCUCGAAGCAGAUUUUCUUUGUCUACAGGAAGUAGACGAGUACGAAACCUUCUAUAAGAAGAAUAUGGAGAGCCUUGGCUACGCAAGUAUCCACGUUCAAAGAGGUGGAAGAAAACGAGACGGAUGCGGGAUCUUUUAUAAACAAAACAAUGCAGAGUUGGUUAUCGAAGAGAAAAUAGACUACAAUGAUCUGGUGGAAUUAAUUGAAGACGAAACAAAUUCGUCGGUCGAUAAUAGCGACAAAAAAUUGAUAGUUGCCGGAACUAAAGAGGAAUCGAAAGCUGAGAAUGAAGUGGAGCGUGGAGAUCCAAACGACCCUCGUGUAAGAUUAAAGCGCGACUGUGUCGGAACAAUGGCUGCGUUUAGACUAAAGAGUCCUUCGUGUCAUCAUAUUAUUAUAGCAAACACUCAUCUAUAUUGGGAUCCAGAAUGGGCCGACGUGAAAAUCGCACAGGCGAAAUACUUGCUUUCACGAUUAUCGGGGUUUCAAAAACUAGUAUCGGAAAAAUUUGAUUGCUCUCCUUCGGUUAUUGUUGCUGGUGACUUUAACUCGGUCCCCGGAGAUCAGGUGUAUCGAUACCUAAUUUCGGGAACCAAUGUAGUGGGGCCGGAAACUGCGGAUGAAGUGCCGAAGAUUCCAUUGUCGAGUGUUUAUGCUUUCACAAGAGGAGAACCGGAGUUCACAAACUGCACCCCUGGUUUCACCGAUACUCUCGAUUAUAUCUUCUUUUCACCUUCUCGAGAUAUUAAACCAGUUAGCUAUCUCGACCUUCCGGAAGCGGAAUCUUCCGAUGUAAGUGGCGGUUUGCCCAAUUAUUUCCAUCCCAGCGAUCACCUUCCCAUCGGAGCCGAGUUUGAAGUUGAAGCAUAGAGUUUUUGUUUUUUUUUGUUUUUUAAUAUUUUUCUUUUGUAUCCCUUUUUUUUUUUUUUUAAUUUAAUUAGUAUUAUUAGUGGAUUUUCACUUAUGAUUAGUCAAAUUUUUGCUUGUGGACAUCUUGCUAUUUACUUAUGAUUAAUACAAAAUGUGUUACCUUA